UCGUCUUUCUCUCCAGUGUGACGGUGUCGGAGCAGCAGAGCAGGAGACUUCGGCUCCGCUCGGAGAAACAGCACCGGACUGUAUGGUGGAGAACCAUUUCAUAUUUUUACCUUUUUCUGAGGACCGGCUGUAUGAUUAAGCUACAAUCUUCAAUGAGUAAGCACAUCCCACAGUUCUGUGGUGUUCUGGGUCACACAUUUAUGGAGUUUCUGAAGGGCAGUGGGGACUACUGCCAGGCUCAGCACGCUGCGUAUGCAGACGAGUGAACAGCCGAACUCGCCAUCGAUCCGACGCACUUGAGCCACAGGAGGGACCCCGGAAGGAAACUUGGCAGGACCGGGACGCCUCCCAGAACCAGCGACAACUCGGCCUGGAUGGGGUAACUCCACCCGCUGCACACUGCCCUCGUCGGCUUCCGCCUGGCCAGAACCAAGGUGGAACCAGCCUGGUUUUCUUCUUCCUUUUCUUUUGUUUCAUUCCAGAGGAGAGGGGUUUGAGUUGUUUUCUGAUUGUCCGCCCUUUUUUCGGCCGCCAACUCCCUAAAUUUCCACAUUUGCCUGUCGAAGCCCACGUAUUUUUCUUUUUUUUCGCCAACCUCGAAGAAGACGGGAGGAUUCUGGGUUUCUAGAAGCUCGUUGGACAUUUUAGUUUGACAUUCCCUCCGAGUUUAACGAAGUGUUUACAUUAGUGUUUUUACUCUGGAAGAUUUUUUGGGUUUUGUAAAAAAAAGAAACUCUACGUUGUCACAAUGGCUCGUAUGAACAGACCGGCCCCCGUGGAGAUCACCUACAAAAACAUGAGGUUCCUCAUUACCCACAAUCCCACCAACGCCACCCUGAACAAGUUCAUCGAGGAGCUGAAGAAGUAUGGAGUGACCACCGUCGUGAGAGUGUGCGAGGCCACCUAUGAUGCCACGCUGGUGGUGAAAGAGGGAAUCCAAGUUCUGGACUGGCCGUUUGACGAUGGAGCUCCUCCCUCCAACCAGAUCGUGGACGAUUGGCUGAACCUGCUGAAGCUGAAGUUCAGGGAGGAGCCCGGCUGCUGCGUCGCUGUGCACUGUGUGGCAGGGCUGGGGAGAGCUCCUGUUCUGGUCGCGCUCGCCUUGAUCGAAUGUGGAAUGAAAUAUGAAGAUGCUGUCCAGUUCAUUCGACAGAAGCGUCGAGGAGCGUUCAACAGCAAGCAGCUGUUCUACCUGGAGAAAUAUCGUCCAAAGAUGCGCCUGCGCUUCAAAGAUUCCAACGGCCAUCGCAAUAACUGCUGCAUCCAGUAGAGCCCCCCCCCCCCCCGUUUAAUUCCACCUCGCUAGCUUAUUACCUGGCAGGCUUGUUUUCUUAGUCAUUGUGUUGAAGUAUUAUUCUUUGGAAACCAUGCUCGGUGAUUCUGUCCCCUUCCCUUCUCCAGGUUCAAAUUAAAGUGUCAAAGGAAAGAAAAAGAAAAACGAGUUGUGAAACCGGAAUCACCGAAAACACCCGGAGCGGCAGCGCUGAGUCGUGUAUCAUUGUAAGAUGUUGGAUUAAUUGUUUUUCUGCAGCCCAAAGAUUUGUGAUUGGCCAGUGCGUCGACAUCGCCUGAUGUGCUAAAAGGAGAGAAAAUAGCAAAUUAUGUACCCCGUUUUAAAUUGUAUGGUUCCGUUUCAAGACUGACGAGAAAAGAGGUACGCCUUCCUUCAAAUCAGAUGGUUCAUCCAUAAAUGCCUUACAAUCGAAGUGGAACAAAGGCAGUGGAAGCGGGAGUCAACCCCGCUGGCAUUUGGAAAAGGUUUCAUUUUUCUACUCGGAACAAAAAAAAAGUGUUGCCUUUGUCUUGUGCAGGAAGUCUUACUCACUUACGCCCUUUCAGUAACUAUUUUUUAUUAUAAGAUGCUUAAUUGUUGCAAUAUUUGUCAAUUGAAAGUCUAGGAACUCGUAUUUUCUUUCUGUUCUCUAUCAAACCUUUUGUUUACUGAUUAACUGCCAUGUCCAAAAUGUGAUUUACUUUUUUUAUUGUUUGGUUUCUUUCUUUGCUUCAAACUGGACUUCCAACGUCUGCGAUAUUUUGUACGCCUUUUUAUUUGAUGUCCGUAACUUAAGACUUGGAUACUUGAUGAUUUUAUGUAUUUGAAAUGUGUACUAUUAUUAUUAGGUUGGCUAUUUAUACUAUCAAUGGAUGUGUGAUUUAGUACCGUGAGCGACAAAGUUGUACCUGUUCACCAACUUGUGAGAGUACAUUAAAUGAUACACUGAAAAAAAACAGAAA